AAAGCAGAAACCAGGCAAGAUUGCCCCAAUGGGGCUGCCGGACCACGACAAAUCCGACCGCAUGACCAAAUAAUUGAAACUUUUGCCCAAGAACAACAACAAUAGCGCCAGCCAUUGUGUCUGCACCAGGCGGCCCUGCGCCUACCAAUCGACUCAUUAAGGUGACAAAGGGGGCCGACCUUCUGGUGGCACCUUAGAGGCGCCGCCGGCCUCCCCACGCGCCCGAUCUGGCCCGCGUGACCUGCUGACCCACCCGCGGGAUUCCGCUGAAUCCUCUUCACUCACUGUCUUUCGGGGGGCAGUUCGCAGCAUCUUCUCGUUGAAGACGAACGUUUGUUGUGCUGGCGCUUAGUGCACGUGGACGCGACAUGUCUUGGCUGCUUCUUUGGCCGAUCGCACUAUUCGCGGGACUUUGUGGAUCAUCCGCUGAUGCUGCUCAACAGGUGUCGGCAUUUUCCUGCGACGGACGCACCUCCGGCUACUAUGCCGAUGUAUCCACAGGGUGUCAGGUGUACCACAUGUGUGACGGUCUGGGGCGCCAAUUCAGCUACAGCUGCCCCAGCAAGACGCUGUUCCAGCAACGGAUGCUGAUCUGCGACCACUGGUAUAUGGUGAACUGCAGCAAGGCGGAGGAGGACUACAGCGCCAACCUGCUGAUUGGACAGCAGGGUCGCGCUUUUAUCGAGGACCAGGUCCAUCGCACCCCCAGGCCCGAUCUGGCUCGUCCAGAAACGACGGACGUGCACAUUUUUAAGGCGCAGCAAAUCACCCCCCAGAACGUAGUGGGGGCGGAUGGAUCGUCCAGCGAAGCUGAUGGCGACUACAACCCGCCGACUCACUGGGCUUUGGAGCAGGCAGCUUCCAGUCCAGCUUCGCGCAAACGGCAAGACAGCGGCAGCGCUGUCCAGGGCUUGGUCAAGCAGAGCUACUACCGGACAAGUUACGGAAACAAGGCAGCUGAAGCUGCCCCAAGCAAUGCGGCGAACUUCCCUUCGCGCUUCAAAGCGACCACUCCGGUCUACCCCGAGCACCUGGACAUCGACCUGUCCAAGCUCCAGGACUUUGGCGCGACUGCCCCGGAUGAGCUGGUGAAAUUCCCGUCGAAGUUCCAGGCCACCACCCCAGUGUAUCCCCAGCGAGUCGAUCAGGACCCUGCCAAAGUUUCUGAGUUUGAUGUGCCAGCAGUUGUGAACUUUCCUUCACAUUUUCAAGCCACUACGCCCGUGUACCCCACGCGCGUGAACGUCGAUCCAUUGAAGCUGUCCGAGUUCGACCUGCCGCCCGACGACAACGCUCUCCCAGACUCGGUUCCCGUGAAUUUUGCAUCGAAAUUCAAAGCCACCACGCCAGUCUAUCCAGAGACGGUGGACGUGGAUCUGUCCAAGUUUGCGGGCGAUGAGGAGCAGCCGCCCGACCUGCAAACCCGGGCUGAUGUGACGGUGAAUUUCGCCUCCAAGUUCCAGGCCACCACGCCGGUUUACCCGGCACACGUGGAUCUGGACCUGUCCAAGUUCCAGGAGCCGCUGGAGCUGCCUGCAAACAACUCGCUGGUCAAUUUCAGGUCAGCCUUCCAAGCCACCACGCCGGUCUACCCGGAGUCUGUGGCUUCCACUUCGCCUGUGCCGGAAGACGUCGGGCUGUUGCCCCCCAAGCGCAACAGCAGCGCGAACUUCGCCUCCAGCUUCAAAGCGACCACGCCGGUGUACCCGCGGAGCGUCGCGGCCACCAGCCCAGACCCCAGCAAGGUGGGCCUGCUGGCGCCGGAGGCUGAUGCCGAGUCGAUUAAUCCGAGCUUGGACAUCCAGCCGCCGAGCUUUGCGACGACUUUCAAACGGCGCAGCGAUGAGGAGGAGCCGUCGCUGCUCGGCAACACCUUCAGCGGUCAGCAACUGACUGAAUUCAUGCUCACCAUCAAACCCGAGCAGCUGAAGGAUCUGAAGCAGCUGUGGCACAUUCCGGAUUACGACUUCCCGCUGGACACCGCGUCCAGACCUGGAUAUGCAGCCGAUGCCGCCACCAGCACCGCGUGAACCCCCGGAGGGUCUGUUUAAGAGGGGGUUGUAUAACACGUACGUUCAAAACGAUUUGUCUUGUACAACUCGCGCUUUUACUCCAUAUUUGAUUAGAACAUGUAUAUACUUCCUGGGUUGUUUAAGACAUUGUACAUAAACGUAGUUCCUUUAA